UCCCAUCUGGCCAUCUCCCACCCUCCUUCCCAAUAGGAGCAGACCAAAGAGAGCGGCGGCGGCCGCGGAGGGCCCAAUAAUCAUCUCGCUCUCCCCCACUCGUCAGCAUUGCGUCGCGCAGAUCUAAUCUACUAGCCGGCAUUGCGUUGUUCGAGCGGCAGCAUGGUGGCUGUGAAGAACGCCGCCGCUGGGAUGGAUGACGUCGCCGACAAGAAGGCGGCGAGGCCGGAGAAGAGGUACGUAACGUCGGCGGAGAUAGCGAAGCACAGCGCCGAGGGCGACGUGUGGGUGGCGGUGCAGGGGAAGGUCUACGACGUCACGUCCUGGCUGCCGCUCCACCCGGGCGGGGACCUCCCGCUGCUGAGCCUGGCCGGGCAGGACGUGACGGACGCCUUCGUCGCCUACCACCCUGCCUCCGCGUGGCGGGUCCUCGACCGCUACCGCGUCGCCACGCUCUCCGACUACACCGUCUCCGAGGUGUCCCGCGACUACCGCCGCCUCGUCGCCGAGUUCGCUCGGGCGGGGCUCUUCGACCGCAAGGGCCACGGCUGCGCCGCCUCGCUCUGCGCCAUGGCAGCGCUGCUCGCCGGCGCGCUCUGGCUCGUGCUCGCCACCGCCAGCGUCGCCGCCCACAUGGCCGCCGCCGUCAUGCUGGGCUUCCUGUGGAUGCAGUCGGGCUUCCUCGGCCACGACUCGGGCCACUACGUCGUGAUGCGGAGCAAGCUCCUCAACCGCGCCGUGCAGGUGGUGGCGGGCAACUGCGUCGCCGGCAUCAGCAUCGGGUGGUGGAAGCGCAACCACAACGCGCACCACAUCGCCUGCAACAGCCUCGACCACGACCCGGACGUGCAGCACAUGCCGCUCUUCGCCGUCUCGCCGCGCCUCUUCGCGUCGCUCACCUCCGCGUUCUACCGCCGGGUGAUGCGCUUCGACGCCGCCGCGCGCCUCCUCGUCAGCUACCAGCACUGGACCUUCUACCCGGUGAUGUGCGUGGCGCGCGCCAACCUCUUCGCGCAGUCGCUGCUGCUGCUCACCGACACCCGGACGCGCGUGCCGGGUCGCCUCGCGGAGGUCGCCGGCGUGGCCGUGUUCUGGCUCUGGUACCCGUGGCUGGUGUCGCGGCUGCCCGGCGGCGCCGGCGAGCGCGCGGCGUUCGUGCUGGUGAGCUUCGCCGUGACGGGGAUCCAGCACGUGCAGUUCUGCCUGAACCACUUCUCGGCGGGCACCUACGUGGGGCGGCCACGGGGUGACGACUGGUUCCAGAAGCAGACGCGGGGCACGCUGGACGUGGCGUGCCCGCCGUGGAUGGACUGGUUCCACGGCGGCCUCCAGUUCCAGGUGGAGCACCACCUGUUCCCGCGGCUGCCGCGCUGCCACCUCCGGCGGGUGGCGCCGCUGGUGCGCGAGCUCUGCCGAAAGCACGGCCUGCCCUACGAGCGCUGCGGGUUCUGGGAGGCCAACGCGCUCACGCUGAGGACGCUGCGCGACGCCGCCAUGCAGGCGCGCGCCGUCGCCGCCGCUGGAGGGCCCGCGCCCAAGAACCUCCUCUGGGAGGCCGUCAACACACAUGGCUGAGUUUCUUUUUCUUUUUAGCUGAUG